AUGUUUAGAUUAAGUAUCUUACACCCAUUCAUCAAGUGUAUUAUAUACUGGCCUAAUGUUUGGCUGAAUUUAUCUCCAAAAAUAUAAUUCUCCAUGUAUUAACACUUAAUACUGCCUAAAAGUUGCACUCAAAAAAGUGUUAAAGCAAAAAAAUUGAAUCUGUUUGAGAAAUCCAUUAAAUUAUUGGAUUCAUCCCUUUCACACCUACAUAAUCAUUACAAUGCAAUAAACUUCCUGAUAGGAAUGGUUGAUUAAUGUAUCGAAUUACGUUUCCCUAAACCAUAGAUAUUUUAAGCCUUUCAUCAAAUUGAUUGA